AUGGGCUUGGGGCGAAGUGGAAGAGGCACAGGGGGCAUGGGGGGAAGUGGCUUGAAUGUAACUGGCUUGGACGCAACGGACUUGGGAGAAGCGACGGACUUCAGGGGAGAUGGCCUGGAAGCAACAACUGGCCUGGAAGCAACAACUGGCCUGGAAGCAACAACUGGCCUGGAAGCAACAACUGGCCUGGAAGCAACAACUGGCCUGGAAGCAACAACUGGCCUGGAAGCAACAACUGGCCUGGAAGCAACAACUGGCCUGGAAGCAACAACUGGCCUGGAAGCAACAACUGGCCUGGAAGCAACAACUGGCCUGGAAGCAACAACUGGCCUGGAAGCAACAACUGGCCUGGAAGCAACAACUGGCCUGGAAGCAACAACUGGCCUGGAAGCAACAACUGGCCUGGAAGCAACAACUGGCCUGGAAGCAACAACUGGCCUGGAAGCAACAACUGGCCUGGAAGCAACAACUGGCCUGGAAGCAACAACUGGCCUGGAAGCAACAACUGGCCUGGAAGCAACAACUGGCCUGGAAGCAACAACUGGCCUGGAAGCAACUGUCCUGGAAGCAAAAGCAACUGACCUGUACGGAACUUUCCUGGGAGCAAUCAGCGGGGGAGCAGCGGGCCUGGGAGCAGGAGGCCCUGCGUUUGGGUGGGGGUGGCGGUAUUGCGGCGGAACAUAA